GACGCCUGACAGAACAUUCUUCCCUGACAAAUAGCUUCCUCUUUGACUCCAGGGAGGGAAAGUUCGAAACAACAACAACAAGACAUGAGCGGUUGUAUUUGUUGUAUUCUGAAUGAUUUGUAAAGGAUUUGUGACAACGAUGUCUCACGUAUCGGCUCCAUGUUUGCUGGACAGAUGGAUUGAAGAAAAUAACGCUAUCGUAGACAAGUGGAAGGUGAGCUACUAUAGCUAGCUAGCUACUGUUAGCUAGCUAGACAACAACAUAAUGGUAAUGUCUAGAUGUAUCGAACUUUUGUCAAAUUUUCCUAACCUUAACCUAAUUCCCCUAACCUGCAGCGUAAAUUCUCCUAAACCUGCUACGAAAAGUCAAUUCUGCCAAAAGCUGGAUCCUUUCUAGCCUUGUCCACGAAGUGUUGCUCUCUAUCAACUGAAUUUCUACAGCUAUACUGAACAAAAAUAUAAACACAACAUGUAAAAUGUUGGUGCCAUGUUUCAUGAGCUGAAGUAAAAUAUCCCGCAGAUUUUCCAUAUGCACAAAAAGCUUAUUUCUCUAAAAUGUUCUGCACAAAGGCGUUUACAUCCCAGUUAGUGAGCAUUUCUCCUUUGCCAAGAUAAUCCAUCCACCUGACAGGUGUGGCAUAUGAAGAAGCUGAUUAAACAGCAUGAUCUUUACACAGGUGCACCUUGUGCUGGGGACAAUAAAAGGCCACUCUAAAAUGUGCAGUUUUGUCACACAACACAAUGCCACAUGUCUCAAGUUUUGAGGGAGUGUGCAAUUGGCAUGCUGACUGCAGGAAUGUCCACCAGAGCUGUUGCCAGAGAAUUGAAUGUUCAAUGGGCAAAUGCUCACCUUUGAUGGCCACUGGCACGCUUGAGAAGUGUGCUCUUCACAGAUGAAUCCCAGUUUCAAUUGUACUGGGUAGUUGGCGGCGUGGGGGUGAGCGGUUUGCUGAUGUCAACAUUGUGAACAGACUGCCCCAUGGUGGUGAUGUGGUUAUGGUAAGGGCAGGCAUAAGCGACAGACAACAAACGCAAUUCGAUUUAUCGAUUGCAAUUUGAAUGCACAGAGAUACCCUGAUGAGAUUCUUAGGCCCGUUGUCAUGCCAUUCAUCCACUACCAUCACCUCAUGUUUUAGCAUGAUAAUGCACAGCCCCAUCUCGCAAGGAUCUGUACACAAUUCCUGGAAGCUGAAAAUGUCCCAGUUCUUCCAUGGCCUGCAUACUCCCCAGACAUGUCACCCAUUGAGCAUGUUUGGGAUGCUCUGGAUCGACGUGUACAACAGUGUGUUCCAGUUCCUGCCAAUAUCCAGCAACUUCGCACAGCCAUUGUAGAGGUGUGGGACAACAUUCCACAGGCCACAAUCAACAGCCUGAUCAACUCUAUGCGAAGGAGAUGUGUCGCGCUGCAUGAGGCAAAUGGUGGUCACACCAGAUACUGACUGGUUUUCUGAUCCACGCCCCUACUUUUUUUUAAAGGUAUAUGUGACCAACAGAUGGAUAUCUGUAUUUCCAGUCAUGUGAAAUCCAUAGAUUAGGGCCUAAUGAAUUUAUUUCAAUUGACUGAUUUCCUUAUAUGAACUGUAACUCAGUAAAAUCUUUGAAGUUGUUGCAUGUUGCGUUUUAUAUUUUUGUUCAGUGUAAAUGCUUCCGUAGCCCUCAUGUCUAAGGGUUUUUUCUCAUAUAGUCUUAUUUAAAGUGAACUCUGGGGUAAAAAAAAAGCAAAAUAACUGUUCUCUUUGUAUUCACACCUUUGCCUUGAGGACUCAGCUCUUUUGCCAGUUUACUUCACCUAUUUUGUGGUCUGAGUUCUCUUUGCUUUCACAUUUAUUGCUGUGUUUAGAAAGUAACCAAGAUCUUUUUCCAACAUUAACUCAAUGCACUCUGGGUUUUUAUAAAGUGCAGGACAAGCUAUUCCAUCAGCAUGUGUUUUCGGACAGCUAGCCCAAUAAUGCACUAAAGGAGCCUAACGUUACUCCUUAGUCCAAGGACCUUACAUGUUCUGUUUAAAGGGAGAAUUGGCUCUGGAAGCCAAAACACCCAAAUACUCCAUCUAAACGUGAAUCGAUUCUCAAUUGCGGUACGGUUCUAGAAACAUAAAUCCCUCUACUUUCAUAUCACAUCAAAAUAAUUUCACAAAUGCCGCCAACAGUAUUUUUCAGUGAUAACACGUUUGUGAUGUCGGUCUUCUGUUUACACACAGAUGUUCGGAGAUGCAGAGAGCUAAUUAGCACAUCAGUCUGUUUUCCGUAAACAAGUACCCAUAACAUGGAAAUACGGCUGUGUGGGAACCCUACCCCUUACCCUAUAAAGGUGUAUCAAUUUAACCUUUUUUAAAAUUAUUUUUAUGUAUUUCUCAAUGAUAUGAAAGAUAAGUCCUUAUGCUUCCAAAACCGUACCGCAAGCGAUGCGUGUUAAUGUUCAGACCGAGCGCCACGGCUCGUAACAAAACUCCCCUCUACAGAAGACGCCUUCGUCCAAUGACUCUUGUGUAAUGUAAUGGAUCUGAGAGUCAUUAUCAAGGGCUAUCAGACAGCUAGAUAUAUAGUGCAUUCGGAAAGUUUUCAGACCCCUUCACUUUUUCCACAUUUUGUUUUGUUACAGCCUUAUUCUAAAAUGGAUUUUAAAAAAAGAAUAAUCCUCAUCAAUCUACACAAAAUAUCCCAUAAUGAAAAACCGAAAACAGGUUUUUAGAAAUGUUUGGCAAAUGUAUUACAAAUCAAAAACUAAAAUACCUUACAUAAGUAUUCAGACCCUUUGCUAUGAGACCCGAAAUUGAGCUCAAGUGCAUCCUGUUUGCAUUGAUCAUCCUUGAGAUGUUUCUACAACUUGAUUGGAGUCCACCUGUGGUAAAGUCAAUUGAUUGGACAUGAUUUGAAAAGGCACACACCUGUCUGUAUAAGGUCCCACAGUUGAAAGUGCAUGUCAUAGCAAAAACCAAGCCAUGAAGUUGAAGGAAUUGUCCGUAGAGCUCCGAGACAGGAUUGUGUCGAGGCACAGAUCUGGGGAAGGGUACCAAAACAUUUCUGCAACAUUGAAUAUCCCCAAGAACACAGUGGCCUCCAUCAUUCUUAAAUGGAAGAUGUUUGGAACCACCAAGACACUUCCUAAAGCUGGCCGCCCGGCCAAACUGAGCAAUCGGGGGAGAAGGGCCUUAAUCAGGGAGGUGACCAAGAACCCGAUGAUCACUCUUGACAGAGCUCCAGAGUUCCUCUGUGGAGAUGGGAGAACCUUCCAGAAGGACAACCAUCUCUGCAGCACUCCACCAAUCAGGUCUUUAUGGUAGAGUGGCCAGACGGAAGCCACUCCUUAGUAAAAGGCACAUGACAGCCCGCUUGGAGUUUACCAAAAGGCACCUAAAGGACUCUCAGACCAUGAGAAACAAGAUUCUCUGGUCUGAUGAAACUAAGAUUGAACUCUUUGGCCUGAAUGCCAAGCGUCACGUCUGGAGGAAACCUGUCACCACCAUGGGUAUGUUCUUUCAGUGGCAGGGACUCGGAGGCGAGGGAAAGAUGAACGGAGCAAAGUACAGAGAGAUCAUUGAUGAAAACUUGCUCCAGAGCGCUCAGGACCUCAGACUGGGGCGAAGGUUCACUGUCCAAUAGGACAACGACCCUAAGCACAGAGCCAAGACAAUGCAGGAGUGGCUUCGGGACAAGUCUCUGAAUGUCCUUGAGUGGCCCAGCCAGAGCCCGGACUUGAACCCGAUCGAACAUCUCUGGAGAGACCUGAAAAUAGCUGUGCAGCGACGCUCCCCAUCCAACCUGACAGAGCUUGAGAGGAUCUGCAGAGAAGAAUGGGAGAAACUCCCCAAAUACAGGUGUGCCAAGCUUGUAGCGUCAUACCCAAGAAGACUCGAGGCUGUAGUCGCUGCCAAAGGUGCUUCAACAAAGUACUAAGUAAAGGGUCUGAAUACAUAUGUAAAUGUGAUAUUUCCAUUUUUGUAUUUAUUAUAACUUUCAAAAAAAUUAUAAAAACCUAAAAAAGGAAACCAGACCGCGGAAUUCAAGCAUACCAAACUCAGACCACCUCUCGAGAUGGUCUCAGUUCUGUUCGCUUCGGGGCUCUUUUGGAGGGGUCUGAGUUCCAUUGGAGUAUUCACGCUGCUCAAAAAAUUAAGCGAACAGCACUGUUCACAAAAAUUGGCUGAAAUGGACCAUGUGUGAAAACAUACUAACAAGCGUGUCUUUUCAGCAACAUAGUGACAGAGGAGACGCAGUAACUCGGGAACAGGGUCUGACACUACUGAAAUGGUGCUACGUGGAGAGUCACAAGCUACUACAGAAAAUACAAGGUGCAAUAUCUAAGAUGGCAUUUAAUUUAAGCUAGCACCCCCAAAAAAUGUCAUACAGAUAAUAAAGUCUCACUGUGGUCCUCUGUAGCUCAGCUGGUAGAGCACGGCGCUUGUAACGCCAAGGUAGUGGGUUCGAUCCCCGGGACCACCCAUACACAAAAAUGUAUGCACGCAUGACUGUAAGUCGCUUUGGAUAAAAGCGUCUGCUAAAUGGCAUUUUUUUUUUUUUUUUUUUUCUCAUCCCCCCUCUCUCCUCCCCUCCUCUCUCUCCACCCACCCCAUAUUCCCUCACCUCCUCUCCAUCCCUUUCCACCCCCUCACCUCCCUUUCUCUGCAGGUGUACCUGCGGUGCCGGCCCAUGUCCAAUUGGAGUUGACAGUGGUGUAUAACUGCUGUCUGUUCUCCUUCAGUCAGACACAAUUCACUGAGGCAGAGCAUCUCCUCACACACAGCCUGGAGAGAGGUACGAAACACAUGCACGCACACGCGCACACACCCACACUCACUCACACAGGUAGGAAACACACACAUCUAUCAUUGCCCUCUCCCCCAUCUGUCUCACCUCACCCCCUACCCUUUGUGCAGCUCUAGGGGCUGUAGGUUGUGAUCGUCCUCCUCCCGAACCCCGGGUGUUCUGGUGUACGGUUCUAAAGUCCCUGGGUUCCACAUCUUCCCUGCGCUCCUGCACUCUGCAGCUGCUCUGUCUGCACUGGGCUCUCUGGCUGUCUACCUGCAGACUGGGGCACAUACAGGAGUUGCAGGUAGUGUGUGUGUGACCAACCUGUUACUGGAUUUCUCUGUGUGUGAAACACUAGUAUUAGCGUAUUAGGUCAUGAUGAAGUAAUCAGAAAUGAGGUCUUGAAACAAUAACUCUUUGACAGUUACACACUGACAUCACAUCACAAAUGUUCAUGUUGUUUUUCUGGUUCUCUCUGUCUGCAGGAAGAGCUGCGAUCUCUCUCUGAGGGACUGGGGGCAGGAGAAAGGGAUGACAGGAGGGCGGCAGGAGAGGUGGCUGUGGAGAUGAGUGCAGUGAGGCCAGCGGUGCUAGUGCACCCCAGGGAUCUAAAGGAUCUCCUUCUCAUCUGCACUGUCAUCGCUCAAGGUCUGAACCAUUCAGCGCUUCCCAUGCUGGUUAGUUUAACCCUUACCUGUCCAAGGUCAGAGAGGUUAACCGUUACCUGUCCUUACCUUUGCAGGUGCUGAGCUGCUGUGUGAGGGGCAGUGUUCAGAGGCCCUGACUGUUCUUCAGAGAGACCCCUCCCCGUUGGCCCCCAGAGACCUGCUGGCCCAGAUACACACUCUCACAGGCCUCUGCCUCAGCCGCACGGUAAAAACACACACACACACACACACCUCACAAGCCCUUCAGAUGCAUGGUGAGAGAGCGAGUGAUGACCACGGAGAUGUGUGUGUUUAUGUGCAGGGUCGUCCCCACAGUGCUGUGCAGUGUUAUAGGAAGGCGUUGGAGACCGACGUGAGGUGUGUGUGUGCGCUGCACCAGAGCAUCCUGGUCUACAGGCAGCUGGGAAACACACAAGCAGAGAUCCAGGCACUACGUCUGCUACACUCAGUGAGUGACACACACAGAAUAAAGGCAUCUGUCUGAGGCAGUACUUGACUGAGAUGUGAUGGGUCUUGUGUCUGUACCAGAUUCUGAUGAUGCCACCUGCCACCCAGCCUGCUGUGGCCCCACCUCCUAUCGUCUGCCCCGCCUCUCUGCUCCCUGGCCAAUCCCUGUCCAGCCUGCUUUCAGUCCCUUCCCCGCUCAGCGUACUACACAGUCUGGCUCAGAAGUGUGUGCUCCACGGAAGGCAAGUUCCCUGACAGCCAACAUUGUUGCUCAAUUCCAUAACGACACACCUCCUAGGAAUUUCUUCAGAUCUGAGAGGGUUACAUUUGUACCACUAUGUUGUUUAUCUUGUAGUGUGCUACCCUAUUGUUGUGUGUUUGUGUUGUAGUGUGUCAGAGGGAGUAGAGCAUUACCUGGACCUCCUAGCUUUUCUUCAGUCAGACCACCAGCUGUCUCAGGGGUUCUCUGAGGCCCCUCCCCUCCCCAGGUUACCUGAGCUCUACCUGGAGGCUGGCUCCUCCCUGCUGACGGCCCAGCAGCCUGCCGACUGCCUGGCGCUAUGUGAUGAGGUCAUCAGUACGACUCUGGAGCUGCUCCCAGAGAGGCUGUUGCUGGAGGAGCCCAUGGAGGCGUCUGUGCAUGGGUCUCCAGACAAGCUGGGGUUAGGCCAGGACAGGCUGGGUGUGGUGCUGUGGUCUGGGGCUGCCUACCUUCUCCAGGCCCACUGCUACUCCCACCUCAAGGACUGGAAGCAGGCUGUCACCCACUACACCAGGUGAGUCUCAUAUCACAUCACACUUCUUCCACUGCACCAGGUGAGUCUCACAUCGCAUCAUCAAAAUUCACCCACUACACCAUGUGACAUCACAUCGAUGUUCCCAUUAGACUGGUCGGGUUACCGACUCCACCAGGUGAUCAUCAGUCCUUACACCUGAGUGCUGAAACUGUGUCUUCUAGUUCUGAGGGAGUGUGUUGUGGGUUCCAGUUCUGAAGGAGUGUGUUGUGGGUUCCAGUUCUGAAAGAGUGUGUUGUAACGUGUGGGUUCCAGUUCUGAAGGAGUGUGUUGUAACUUGUGUGUUCCAGUUCUGAAGGAGUGUGUUGUAACUUGUGUGUUCCAGUUCUGAAGGAGUGUGUUGUAACUUGUGUGUUCCAGUUCUGAAGUAGUAUGUGUGUUGUGUUUCAGGUGCAUCAACCUGCUGAUGAAGGUGUGUAUUAAACAGAAAGGUGAGUAUUCAGACUGGCCGCUUGGACAUGUAUCAAUUCAUGUUGUGUGUGUGUGCGUAUAUAUAUAUAUAUAUAUAUAGUUUGUUGAUUUGUGUAUCUGGAGGUUGUCUUGACGUGGGAUGGUGUUGUAUUGAUGUUGGGUUGCAGGCUGUGUGAAGCAGGAGCUAGGUGUUAGGACCCUGCAGAGGCUGAAAGGGCUGGCUCUGGCAGGGAGAGGAAUCAGCUUCACACACAGAGACCAGAAGAGGGAAUCCCUGAGAGACCUACAGCUCAGCCUGCAGGCUGCACCAGGUAACUACAGGGUUAAAUUGUCUUUAUGUAGACUUGUAUCUAGUAGUCUAGUAAGUAAUACAUUAUUGUAAUCCAGCCCCUGGGUGUGCAUACAUACAUACAUACAUACAUACAUACAUACAUACAUGCAUGCAUGUGGCUGUCUGUCUGUGUCUUCAGGGUGUGUGAGCACUGGGCAGUGGCUGACCGAGGUGCUAUGGAGGCUGGGGAGGAAACAGGAGGCUGCAGCCUGUUGGGAGAAGACCCAGAGCUCCAGCACAGCUCCAUCAUUAGAGUAAGACGACAUCCGUGGUCAAUGGUUCACUACAGAUGCUCACCUGGAUUUACUCGCAAUACAAAUGGAAAAACAUGUAGAAAAACGUUGUUUUGAGUAUAAGAUUGAGAGUUAUAGGUGUCAUUUGAGACACAUCCUAACCCUCUGCUUGUCUGCAUUCUCUCCUUCAAGAGGUGUUCCCCUGUACCUGCUGGACCGCCAGACUGGCCCCUCCCUGGACCUCACUGACCUCCGACGCAGAGUGGAGGAGUUCACCAACACUCAGCACAGCUAGGGGGUGUCUCCAGAAACACUGGCGUGUCCUCAUAAACUCUGGGAUGUCCUCAUAAGGCUUAGUAAGCCCUGUACCUGGGACAAGCAGGUUUUACCCACCCAACAUAGUGUGAGGUUCAUACCCUGGAUGAAUUGGAGUUCCAAUUAAGUGGAGUUUAAACUCUGUUAACCUCUGAAGCCCAGCCGAGAUUUGGGAGGAUGGCCACUCGAGACUAGAACUCUGUAGACCAACUGUGCCACUGUGAGCCAUAGCCAUACUGCCUGGUGAGGUGAAUUGAGUUCACUCAUACAGAAGGAACAGGACAGGCAACUAUUUGGGAAUGCCACAGUGCUCUGUCUAAGUGACUUGUGUAAUAAUGUGUCAGUAGUACAUUAUUGUGAUAUGACAAAUAUGAUACUGUGUUGCCUAAUUUCUGUAAAUAUGUAAAAAUGUUGUUUGAAUUUAUUUCAUAUUUAGUCAGCAGCAUAAAGAGUGUGGUUUA